AUGUCAAAGGAGAGUAUUCAUUACCAAAUAGAAGAAGCAGCAUCCACAUUUGAAACACUUGGGAACAAGAUGGUUAAGGGAUCAUUAGCUCUAGCUGCUUUUUACAAUUUUGCGAUGUUGGUGGCCUUCACACAUUUGGCAACAACUAUAGCAGCAAUUGACCCUCUUGCAGCCACAGGGAAAGAACCUAUCAUUGAGCUUUACAUGCAUGACAUUCUUGGCGGAAGUAACCCAACAGCUCGACCGGUAACUGGGUUGCUUGGGAACAUAUACAGUGGCCAAGUACCCUUUGCAACCCCAGUAGGAUUCAACCUACCACAAGGUGGCAUUCCCAUCCCCAAUGCCAAUGGUGCUGUUCCCACUGUCAAUGGGGUUACUGGUAUCCCACUAGGAACUGGUUUGGCUGGUACUACCUUUGCACCAAACUCAGGCAACAACAACCAAAACAAUGCUCAGCUGCAGUUAGGACCUGAUGGACUGGGCCUAGGUUUCGGGACAAUCACAGUAAUCGAUGAUAUACUUACCUCUCAACCUGAGUUGGGUUCCCAAAUAGUUGGUAAGGCUCAAGGAGUGUAUGUGGCGAGUUCCGCAGAUGGGACCAGACAGAUGAUGGCGUUCACAGCCCUGUUCGAAGGAGGGGAAUAUGGGGAUAGCUUGAACUUCUAUGGCCUGUACAAGAUAGGAAGCACCAUGUCACAAUUAUCAGUAAUAGGGGGAACAGGAAAGUUCAAGAAUGCAAGAGGGUUUGCAGAACUGAGAUCUCUUAUCCCACCAGGACAGAUUGCUACAGAUGGUGCUGAGACAUUGCUGAGGAUGACUAUCCAUUUGAAGUACUAAAACUGUUAUGUGGAAAUGUAAAAAAAACCAGGUACUGUUUCAUUACUGAUGAUUUAUGAGAUUGAUAUUGUUUGUUUUCAUGUUUGAUUGCAAAGUGUAUUUCGAAUUUUAGUUGUAAUCCCAUGAAACCAUAUGGUGAUUUGUAAUUUUUGUGAUAAUUUUGGAACUUAAGUAUUGGUGGUA